UUCCAUUGAGUGGCCUUUAGGGUUUUGCGUUCUAGAGGCCACACAAAUAUAUACAAAAUCCCCUCGUCUUCUCAGUUCUCACUCAUCAGAACUUCAAACCCUAAAAACUCCAAAAGGCUCAGUGCUGCGAGAGAUUGAAAACAUCACAGAACGAAGAAAUGGAGCAGACAUUUAUCAUGAUCAAGCCUGAUGGUGUCCAAAGAGGACUGAUUGGGGAGAUUAUUGGCAGAUUUGAGAAGAAAGGUUUCACUCUGAAAGGUUUGAAGUUCACAACUGUGGACCGUUCUUUUGCCGAGAAGCACUAUGCAGACCUGUCUGCAAAACCCUUCUUCCCGGGACUAGUUGAUUACAUAAUCUCUGGCCCAGUCGUUGCUAUGGUUUGGGCAGGUAGCAAAGUAGUUACAACAGGUAGGAAGAUUAUUGGAGCAACAAACCCCGCAGAAUCUGCUCCCGGCACCAUUCGUGGUGAUUACGCGAUUGACAUUGGCAGGAAUGUCAUUCACGGGAGCGAUUCAGUGGAGAAUGCAAAGAAGGAGAUUGCUCUGUGGUUCCCAGAUGGCGUUACAGAAUGGCAGAGCAGCCUUCACUCUUGGAUUUAUGAGUGAAAUUUCUUCAUGUCUUGAGCUUAUUGUCUUUAGUUUGGUGAGCUCGUGACUUUUUUUUUUCUGAGUGUUGUUUGUUUUAUGUUGGUCCUUCAGUGGGCUUAUUAGAUUUUCGACUAUGGUUGAGUUCUAAGCCUCUGCCUUUUAGAAUUUGCUUCCGUUGCCUGCCUGGGGUUGGGAGCUUUAUGAAUGACUAUUUAUCAGGAAUAAUGUCAAAGGGAUGCUUAUUACUAUUCUAAUUUACUAUUUUCUGUUUUUUAAUUUUUUUGUGUUAAUCUAUUCCAUCACAAUAUGACGUUUGAAUUGAAGUCAAAUAUUUUAC